UUCAGGGAGCGGCGGCCGCAGGCGGGCCGGGACGAGGGCCUGGGUCGCCAGAGAUAUUUGCAAGUCAGGAUAAAUCUAUUUUAGACAAUCUUAAGACAACAGUCAUGAACACCAAAGAUUUUGUAGUUCUUCCAUGGGGAAAACCUGGAAAUUCUGUAAAGUUAAAAUAUAAAAAUGUUCAAGAACUGAGAAUGGAGAAAGUACAGUUAGAGUUCGAGAAUCAAGAGAUGGAAAAUAAACUACGAGAAUUCCAAUCAGCAAGGAGCAAAGAAAAGGAAAGAAGAGAGUCAACUGAAUAUCACUGGAAAUCUGGAAAAGUGGGCAAAUUGGGUAAUCGAUCACACAUGAUGUCACAAAAUAGAGGAAAUGUUAUUAAGCUUUCUGCUGGAAAAGUGAAAUUAAAAUUACUGAAAGACCAUAUUAAAGCGCCAGUGAAACAACCAAUUAAUCAUAAAAUGGCAAGUUCUUCUGAGAGUGAAAGACCUAAGAUAAAAGGGAAGGUUUGUGGACAGUGUGAGAACAAAGCUGCUCUGCUGAUAUGCCUUGAAUGUGGCGAAGAUUAUUGUUCUGGCUGCUUUGCUAAAAUUCACCAGAAGGGGGCACUGAAGCUCCACAGAACAACUCUUUUGCAGACAAAAUCUCAAAUAUUAUCCAGUGUAUUGGAUGCUGCCCAGCAGUUUAUAAAAGAGGUGCAUCCGGAUGAACCGAAAGGGGAGAAUAUUUCUGCAAAAAAGGCCAGUGGAAGUCAACUUAACCCUAAAUCUCCACUUCUGCAGGGGAGCAACUCUGAGGUAGAAAUUACAACAAGAACAUCAAGAACAGAAUGUACAAAUCCAAGUGGUAAGCUCUUGUGUGAAGGGUCAUUCGAUGAAGAGGCUUCUGCACAGUCCUUUCAGGAGGCAUUAAAUCAGUGGAGAGCUGGGAAUCAUGAUGACAAGAAACAGAACUCACAUGCAGCAAAACCAGACUCAUUUGAAGACUCUGAAGUGCAGACUAAUCUGAAAAUUUGGAGAGAACCACUUAAUAUUGAAUUUAAAGAAGACAGUCUAUCCUACAUGGAAAAAUUGUGGCUUAAAAAGCACAGAAGAACUCCACAGGAGCAACUCCAUUUGUUACCAGAUACAUUUGCACAUUCCUGUAAAACCACUCGAGAGGCACCGUGUUCUCAGGAUGACAGCGAUGAAGACAGUGACGUUGAGAAGAUCGAAGUACAAUAUCCAGCUCUUUUUCUGCCAGUAGAAGAACUGAACAGAGAGAGACCCGAACCGUCUCUAAAAAUAGUCGAACUGGAUGAUACUUAUGAAGAGGAAUUUGAACCAGAAAAUAUCGUGCCUUACAAAGUUGAAUUAGCUGAUUCAGACAGUCAACAAAGCUGUACCUUUAAGUCCUAUCAGAAGGAUAGUUUUCCCAACGAAAAUUACAUCUACGAACAUCAUGUUUUCAGCAAAGGAAAAAUAAACCUCUUAGAUCUUUGUCUGAGGAACAGCUCUACAUAUUGUAAAGAUAACUCAAAAGCAGGAACAUCAAAUACAGAUUUUGGCAACAUUGUGGAUCCUGAUGUUUAUUCUUUUGACAUUGAAAAAAUGGGGGAAAACAGCUGUUUUGAAAGAAAUUUAAAAGAGAAAAGUAUAGAAACAGAAAGUAGUAAAAAGUCUGAUGAUUUCUGCAUAUCACUUGAAAGCAAGGAUUCUUUGCCAUGUAUAGAUUUAGAAAAACCUUCCAUUGAAGAGAAAUUAUCUCAAGACAUCAAAGAAUGCUUGGAAUUUAGCAAUCUGCAGGAGAGGCCAAACUUUGAAGAUUCUAAACCUACAGAGUCACCACUGUUGUUACAAGAAAUAGCCUGCAGAAGUAAACCUAUAACUGAACAAUAUCAAGGACUUGAGAGAUUCUUUAUUUUUGAUAAAAAUGAAAGACUCCACUUACUUCCUUCUCACAGCUUAGAGGGCAGCCAUUCCUGUACUAGGGUUACAGUCGCAGGAGACAGAGAAUGGAUCCCAGACCUUAGCUUAAGUACACAAGCUGAUAAUGCAGUUGUCUUGGAUGUUCUGUGGCAUGUUCAGAACCUGUCAUCAAGUUCAAAACAGACACAGACGGGCCAGAGCUCACGGAGACCUUCAACAGCGAACUUACUGCUUUCCAACUCUGUUGAGAAAAUCUCUAGCUGCCUCCCAUCUCAUCCUCGAUCAAGAAGUGCAACUGCUCGAUCACUUUCUAGAGCUGCUUCUGAAAUUUCAGAAAUUGAAUAUAUUGAUACUUCUGACAAGAAUGAGCCUUUGUUAGAUGAUUCUUUUGAUCAACAAACCUUAGACAGCUUGGAAAAAGAAUUAAAUCUGCUGAAAAACUUUGCAGAUCCUUCAGAGAAACUCUACAGCCUAACCUCAGAAGAGCUGCCAGCCUCCAACGACCACUUGCUGAAUAUGAGUCAGGCUUCCACAGAUUUGCUUAAAACCUCACACAUGAGGGGUCCCUGUGGGAUUGAGGAAUUGAGCUCUUCUGGAAAAGACACUGAAAUUCAGUCCUUGCUGUCACUUUCUGAGAGCAGUACAGAUGAGGAAGAAGAAGAUUUUCUUGACAAGCAACAUGUCAGCACACUACCAUGGUCAAAGAGUACUUAAUGAUCAUUCAUUCACUACUUUUUAUAUUUUGUAGCACACUAAGGCAAAUAGCUGAAAAAAGCAACCAGUGAGUGAUUACCUGUCCAGGUGCCGGAGAUUUUGAUUAUUAAUGUCUCUGUUUUUUCAAGGCUUACAAACUAAU